AUGGAUUUCAUCAAGAAGGCCGCCGGCGAGGCUCUUAACAAGGGCAACUCGAGCAGCAACAACAACCAGGGUGGCGACAACCAGCAGCAGAACCAAAACCAGGGCGGCGACAACCAGCAGCAGCAGCAGGGUGGUGACAACCAGCAGCAGGGCAGCAGCAGCAGCAACAACAACAACGUCGGCCAGGAGGACUACCUCGACAAGGGCAUCGGCUUCGUCUCCAAGAAGGCCGGCUACAACGUGGACCGCAACACCGAGGAGAAGAUUGGCGAUGGCAUGCGCAACGCCUAUGAGAAGUACUCUGGCAACAAGGUUCCCGAGAAGUUCUCUAACUAA